AUGCAGCGUCCUCAGACUCAGCUCAACCAAAAACGGCGCGAGAUGUUGAACUCCAAGAUGGGAGAAAAAGAAAAAAUUGCAAUACCACGAAGAGCUUUUCGUGCUCCAAAAAAUAAAUCACAAAAUAUUCAAGUUCAUACGCCCCAAAUUCUUCCACCUGGCGUUGAUUUAAUUAAGCAGCGAAGUCCUUCUCCACAACUCCAAACUGCUCCAAUUUCACGUAAUAACGAACCAAUAUCUCCAGUUGGUAACAACUACGAUCCAUUAAUGGAUUCAUUCUUAGAAAAACUACUUAACAAAAGCAUUAGUGAUACUAUUGAAUUAUUCUUCCGCACAAACUUAGCGGCAAAACAAGUAAUUUAUUGGGAAAACGUUCCUAGUUUAGGAUUCCUUUACAGUCCAUCAACACUUAAAACAGUUCCACUUAUGUCUGGUUUAGUCGGUUACGCAUUCUAUUCAAAAACGACGAUUAAUUCUCCAAAUCCUCCUGCUCAUCCAUCAUUUCAUCCAAUGGCAGAUAGUAAGUUAUUACCACUCAAUGCUCCAGCGUUGGUUUUCCCAUUGUUUAACGAGAAAAAUCAACCUGUUUUGGUUGUUGAGAUUAUUAGACCAGUUAAUGGCGAACCAUUCACAUCAGAUGAUGUACAAUUCUCAGAAUGGUUCCAAAACAAAUUCUCAUUCCUCAGUAAAUGGAUUUUCCCGAAGCCAAAUUUGACAAAAUUUACUGAGUCAAUUUUCAAUGUUGUCAACAACAAUGAUUUCAUGAAGAACAUCCGUCCAGUUAUCUGUCAGUUUUUCAAAGCCAGGACAUUCGAAUUAUGGUCAUUAAAUACAAAAACAAAAGAAAUGUUCCAAUAUACAGACAAAAUGACAAAGAUGAACGCUCUAUCAUCAGGUAUUGCCGGUCACGUGCUUCGCGCCAAUGAAAUGGUCAACAUUACAAACUCAAGAUUACAUAAUGCCUUUAUUGAGUCUUUAGAUGGCAGUGAUGACCUUCCUUUCCUUGGUGUUCCAUAUCUUGAUGCAGAAACAAACAUAAUUUGGGCUUGUAUAUUCCGUGGCCGCCAAGAAAGUCAAUUUUUCGGAAAUUAUGAAGUCAAUGUCCUCCAAGAAGUGAUUCCACAGAUUGUUAUGGCUGUGAAGAACUCAAAUAUCGUUACUUCAUUACAAGACGACCUCGAAGCCGGAAGAAUGGAAAGAGAAGGUCUGACAACAAUCCUUUCUGCAGUCCAGGAAGUUUCUAAAGAGCUUAAUACUGAGAAAUUAUCCGAUAUCAUUGUAGAAAAAGCUCGUAUGUUGACACAUUCAGAUCGUUGCUCAUUAUUCUUGAUGAAUGAUACCAAAGACAGGUUAAUUACAACAAUCCAGACUGGUCUAGAUAAUUACAUUGAUAUUUCAGUCACAAGAGGUAUAGUUGGUCGGACUGUCAAAGAUGGAACAACAUUAAUCAUCAAUGACGCCUACAACAACGAGUAUUUCGACCCAACAACAGACAAAGAGACAGGCUACAAGACCGAAACCAUUCUUUCCGCUCCAAUUAAAAAUACUGCUGGAGAACCCAUCGGUGUUACCCAAAUGGUUAACAAAUAUGGUGGCAAUUACACUCAGAAUGAUGCCAGAGUCAUCGAAGUCUUCAACGCGUUUUGCGGAAUUUCAAUUGAAAAUGCAAAGCUCUUCAAAGAGAGUUUGGACAAUUCGAAGAGGUUAAGAGCUGUCGUAGAAUGCGCAUUCUCAUUAAGCAAGACGGAUAAGUUGACAUUAUUGAUUUCGGAUAUCAUGAAACUGGCAAGACUUUCUAUCGGAGCAGACAGAGCCGGUGUCUUCGUUCUUGAUGAAAAGGCAGACAUGCUUAAAUCAAUUCUCUACGAGGGAACUGAUAAACAAAUUCUUCUGCCGAUAGAUAACGGUUUGGCCGCAUCAUGUUGUAAAGCCAAAGAAGGAGCAAUAUCUAACAAUGUCCAAUUAGAUCCAAGAUACGAUGACACAUUGAACCAGCAGUUAGGAAUAAGAGUAACUAAUUUACUUGUUUAUCCUGUUCUUUCAAACAAAGGAAAAGUUCUUGGUGUUGCAGAAAUGAUCAACAAACCAAGUGGUUUCUCGAAAGCAGACUUAAACCUUCUCCAGUUCUUCACGUCCUUCACUGCCAUGGCCCUUCAGAACCAGAACGUCUCAGCCAAAUUAGCAGCAGAUGCUGGUUCAACAUUAAGCACAGAAGAAGAAAACGCAUUGAAUCCUGAAGAAGAAAAGAAAUGUGAAAUACCUGAAAGACUUGUUCUGCCUGAACAAAUCCAGCAGAAACUAACUCUCAGAGAAGUGUUCCAACCAGAUUUCUCUGAAGAUGAAAGAGUCGCCGAGCUCUUCUAUUUCUUCCAACACUUCGAUUUGAUGAAGAAAUUCAAUAUAACCGCCGGAUUACUUUAUCGUUUCAUUAUGACUAUCCGCGAAACAUACAAUGUUAUUCCUUAUCACAACUGGACGCAUGCUGUUGAUGUUACUCAGUUCAUGGUUUAUCAGCUCGAGAAAGCAGAAUUGAGCAAAGUUUUCUCUCCAUUUGAAAUUCUUGCAAUUUUGGUUGCAACAAUUUGUCAUGAUGCAAAUCAUAAUGGAUUUAACAACCAAUACAACGAGAAAGCACAACUUCCUUUGGGUAUUUUGUUCAAGGAUAUGUCUGUUCUCGAAGUUUACCAUUGCACAGUUGCUAUUGGUAUUAUUUCCAAAGAAAAGACAAACAUUUUCACAGGAAUUCCUGAAGAAGACAUUCCAAGAAUUUGGACAAUUAUCAUUCACAUGAUCAAAGCAACUGAUAUGAAAUUGCACUUCAGUAUUGUCCAGAAAGCCCAGGAAUUACUUGAUUCUGGCAAAUUCGACAUGAAUGAUCCUGCUUGUCGCUUGUUGUCAAUGCAAUUAUUGUUGAAGGUCAGUGAUAUUUCAAAUGUAUCAAGACCAUUCGAUUUCGCAAACAAAUGGUGCGAUAUUUUGAACGAAGAAUUCUUCAGACAAGGAGAUAACGAAAAGAAGCUUGGUUUAGGACUUUCUUCGCCAUUAAAUGAUAGAGAAAAUGCAGAUAAACCAAAGGGACAAAUUGGUUUCUACAACUUCAUAUGCUUGCCUUUGUAUAACGUUGUAAAGAGAAUAUUCCCUGCUCUAAGUGUAAAUGCUGAUUCUGUCAGUGAUAAUCUCAAAGUUUGGGUCCAACUAGGCUCAAAGAAGAAAGAAGCCGCUGCUCAACAACAACAACAGCAACAGCAAUCUCAGGAACAAGCACAACAGCCUCAACAACCUCAACAAGAACAAAAAGAAGAACAAAAAUAA